AUGACCUUUUACGCUGAUUAUCUUUCGGAUCUUGACGAGACGCGCAGUUUGGAGUCUAAGGAGACAUGCGGCGCGGAGCACAACGACAGAUACAUUUCAGAGUGCUACGAGACACCCAAUGUAGAGUUGGAAUAUAUGGAGUAUGAGUAUGACAAAACAUGCGAUGUAGAGCAUGGCGAGGCACUCAACUCAGAGUAUGAGUGUGACGGGAGAUACCUUGCAGAGCAUGACGAGAGAUCACUCACAGAGCACGAAACCACCUGCAACCCAGAGUACUCAUAUGCGUAUGAUGAUGCCUUCAUCACAGAGCAUGACGGAACCUACGUCGCAGACUACCACGAGCCAUACCUCGCGGAGCACGACGAGACAUACGCCUCAGGACGGUCCAACAACAGAUUCCUCGCAGAGAACGACACGCCACCUUACUCAGAGUAUAAGUAUGACGAGACGUACGAUUCAGACCACGAACAGACAUAUCCCUCCUCAGAAGAAGAGGAGGUGAACCCCCCAACCUUCUCGCCGCUGAGCAUCCGCGGGACUCGCACCGACCGAAUCACCUUGGUUCUGCUUCCCAUGGAUGGCUGGCCCGAUUGGGACUUUGUAACCUACCUCGUGGAGGCCCACUGGCAGCGCCAGCGGGAGAACAACGACGCGAUGGAUCCCGACAAUUCCCUAGGUGCGAUUCUUGUCUUCCGGCUCCGCUCGCAGAUGCUCAUCGAACUGGUCGACAACCACCGGGCCCAUGCGUUUGAGUACAACGGCCAGCUGACGUGGAAUUAUAGGAGUCCCGAGUAUCAGGAUGCGCUGGUUGCUUUCUGCCGCCACAUUUAUCGGGACCAUCGCUUGCAGUUCAACGAACAAGAUACGCAGCCUCGGUUCUAUGCGACUCAUCGUCAGCGACUUCGGCGAAGCAGAGAGUCAUGCGUGUAG